AUGCAGAUCCGAAAAGCCACCAAGUAUUUGAAGGAUGUCACUUUGCAAAAGCAAUGUGUGCUACACUUUGCUGCUGCAAUGGUGGAGUUAGGAGUGAAUAAUGCUGAACUUAAGGGUUUAGAUGUAGAUUCUCUGGUCAUUGAGCACAUCCAGGUGAACAAAGCCCCCAAGAUGUGGCGCAGAACUUACAGGGCUCAUGUGCAAAGAUUUACGGUAGCCCACACUGCGGGAGGAGUUGAAGAUUGGGGUGGAUUGGAGCUGAACGCGCAGGUGAGAUGGGAAAGGGGAUAUGGGGUGGGGCUUCGUCCUGAAAGUGGAGUGUGGUCUCCAGGCAGCAGAUACUUCUAUGCUGUCCCACAACCUGACAUCUACAAGCUGGCAGCACAGGAAAGCCAGUGGUGGAGUUCCAGUCCAAAUCUGCAGGCCCAAGAACCAGGAGACCCAAUAGUGUCAGGCGAAAGCUUUGGCUGCUGGGCCCCUCUGCCCUCUCUAAGAAGGCUGUCACUCUCAUUGACAGAUCAUUUGGAACAUCCAGUGACCGCCAUCUCAGGCAGCAAUGUGAGUCUGCAAAUCUCCAGUUUUCCUGCUAACUACAAACAACUCACCUGGCUUUACACCACCAAUCAGAAGAUUCUAGAAUGGGAGUCCAACAGGACUAGCUUCUUCAAGUCUAAGUUUAAGGACAGGGUUCGACUUAAUCAAAGCCAUGCACUGUGCAUCUAUAAUGUCCAGAAAGAGGACAGCAGCACCUACAUCCUCAGGAUGUUGGAUGAGUCUGGGACAGAGAAGGAUUGGCAUAUCUCACUGGAGGUACAUGAUCCUGUACCUAAACCUGACAUAGAAAUCCGGAAGACACAGAAAGUGAACAAUGGCUGUCAUCUGCAGCUGUCAUGUAUGAUCCCAAACCAGUCCAUAAACUAUACCUGGUAUGGGGACUUAGGGCCCUUUUCAACAGGGCUCCAGAAUUUUGUGCUUGAAAUCACCGUUGAGCCACAAAACUACUCCAAGUUUUACACCUGCCAAGCCAGCAAUCCUGUGAGCAGCAAGAAUGAUACUGUCUAUUUCACCUUACCUUGUAAACUAGCCAGAUCCUCUGGAGUAGCUUGGAUUGCAACAUGGCUAAUGGUCAUGGUACCCAUUGUCCCUGGCCUCAUAUGGACCUGA